AUGGCUACCAGACCCCACGAGGGGCACCCCAGGGUGCUGGGGGCAGCUGGAGGGGGCUCAGGGGCUCAGGCCAUGGCACAGCUGACCCUGUCAGAGGAAGCAGCUCUGCUGAUUCCUCCUGUCCUGGUCGGUGCUGGUGGGGGCAGCAGCCUGGCCCUUCGUGCAGAAAUUCAAAAAGCACAGUGGAGACAGUUAGUUAGCCGUGGAAGAGCAGCAUUUCUGGGGGAUGAGGACGUGCUCCAGGUGAAGCGUGAGCAGGAAUGCUCGGAGGUUUUGGUCUGCAGGCACAUCUGGGAGCUGGGUCCAACGCUGGAGGGGCACAGAAGGUUUUGGUCAGAGGCACAGUGUGAGCUGGCGGUGCCAGAGAUCCGCACGCAGCUGGUGGAGCAGCUGAAAUGCCUGGAGCAGCAGUCGGAGUCGCGGCUGCAGCUGCUGCAGGACCUGCAGGAGUUCUUCCGCAGGAAGGCCGAGAUCGAGCUGGAGUACUCGCGCAGCCUGGAGAAGCUGGCUGAGCGCUUCUCCUCCAAGAUCCGCAGCUCCAGGGAGCACCAGCUCAAGAAGGAUCAGCACCUCCUCUCCCCUGUGAACUGCUGGUACCUGGUUCUGACGCAGACCCGCCGGGAGAGCCGCGACCACGCCACGCUGAACGACAUCUUCAUGAACAACGUCAUUGUCAGGCUGUCCCAGAUCAGUGAGGAUGUCAUCAGGCUCUUCAAAAAGAGCAAGGAGAUUGGCCUGCAGAUGCACGAGGAGCUGCAGAAGGUCACCAACGAGCUCUACACGGUGAUGAAGACCUACCACAUGUACCAUGCAGAGAGCAUCAGUGCCGAGAGCAAGCUGAAGGAGGCAGAGAAGCAGGAGGAGAAGCAGUUCAACAAGUCAGGGGACAUCAGCGUGAACCUGCUGCGCCACGAGGAGCGGCCGCAGCGGCGCAGCUCCGUCAAGAAGAUUGAGAAGAUGAAGGAGAAGAGACAAGCCAAGUACUCUGAGAACAAGCUGAAGUGCACAAAAGCCAGGAACGACUACCUGCUGAACCUGGCGGCCACCAACGCGGCCGUCAGCAAAUAUUACAUCCACGACGUGUCCGACCUGAUCGACUGCUGUGACCUGGGGUUCCACGCCAGCCUGGCCAGGACGUUCAGGACGUACCUGUCGGCCGAGUACAACCUGGAGAGCUCGCGGCACGAGGGGCUGGACGCGCUGGAGAGCGCGGUGGACGGGCUGGACGCGCGCAGCGACAAGCACAGCCUCAUGGACAUGUGCAACCAGGUCUUCUGCCCCCCGCUCAAGUUCGAGUUCCAGCCCCACAUGGGGGAUGAGGUGUGCCAGGUGAGCGCCCAGCAGCCUGUGCAGACCGAGCUGCUGAUGCGGUACCACCAGCUGCAGUCCCGCCUGGCCACGCUCAAGAUCGAGAACGAAGAGGUACGGAAAACGCUGGAUGCCACCAUGCAGACCCUGCAGGACAUGCUGACAGUGGAAGAUUUUGAUGUUUCAGAUGCCUUCCAGCACAGCCGCUCCACUGAGUCGGUCAGAUCAGCUGCCUCAGAGACCUACAUGAGCAAAAUCAACAUUGCCAAGAGGAGAGCCAACCAGCAGGAGACUGAAAUGUUCUACUUCACUAAAUUUAAGGAGUAUCUGAAUGGCAGUAACCUCAUCACCAAGCUCCAGGCUAAGCACGACCUGCUGAAGCAGACUCUGGGAGAAGGUGAAAGAGCUGAGUGUGGAACUACCAGGCCCCCAUGUCUUCCCCCUAAGCCACAGAAAAUGAGGAGACCUAGGCCUCUGUCAGUGUAUAACCAUAAACUCUUUAACGGGAAUAUGGAAACCUUCAUUAAGGAUUCAGGACAGGCCAUUCCUCUUGUUGUAGAAAGCUGCAUCCGCUACAUCAACCUGUAUGGCCUCCAGCAGCAGGGCAUCUUCAGGGUCCCUGGCUCCCAGGUGGAAGUCAAUGACAUCAAGAACUCCUUUGAGAGAGGUGAAGACCCCCUGGCUGACGACCAGAAUGAACGAGACAUCAACUCAGUGGCUGGAGUCUUGAAGCUGUAUUUCCGAGGACUGGAAAACCCCCUCUUUCCUAAGGAAAGGUUUCAAGAUUUGAUAUCUACUAUAAAAACGGAGAACCCUGCAGAGAGAGUGCACCAGAUCCAGCAGAUCAUCGUCACUCUGCCUCGGGCUGUCAUCGUGGUCAUGAGAUACCUCUUUGCUUUCCUUAACCACCUGUCCCAGUACAGCGAUGAGAACAUGAUGGAUCCCUACAACCUGGCCAUCUGCUUCGGGCCCACGCUGAUGCACAUCCCUGACGGGCAGGACCCCGUGUCCUGCCAGGCCCACGUCAAUGAGGUCAUCAAAACCAUCAUCAUCCACCACGAGGGCAUCUUCCCCAGCCCCCGGGAGCUGGAGGGGCCUGUCUACGAGAAGUGCAUGACCGGAGGGGAGGAGUACUGUGACAGCCCGCACAGCGAGCCGGGCACCAUCGAUGAGGUGGACCAUGACAACGGGACAGAGCCGCACACCAGCGACGAUGAGGUGGAGCAGAUUGAAGCCAUAGCCAAGUUUGACUACAUUGGACGCUCUCCACGGGAGCUCUCCUUCAAGAAAGGGGCCUCACUCCUGCUGUACCACCGGGCGUCGGAGGACUGGUGGGAAGGGAGGCACAACGGGGUGGACGGGCUCAUUCCCCACCAGUACAUCGUGGUGCAAGACAUGGAUGAUGCAUUCUCUGACAGCCUGAGCCAGAAGGCGGACAGCGAGGCGAGCAGCGGGCCCCUGCUGGAUGAUAAAGCCUCCUCCAAGAACGACAUCCAGUCCCCAACAGAUCACAUCAUGGACUAUGGCUUCGGGGGAGUGAUGGGCAGAGUGAGACUGAGGUCUGACGGUGCAGCCAUCCCCCGGCGCCGCAGCGGGGGGGACACCCACAGCCCGCCCCGGGGGAUGGGGCCUGGCAUGGACACCCCUCCUCGAGCAGCAGCCUGCCCCAGCAGCCCCCACAAGAUCCCCCUCAACAGGGGCAGGAUCGAGAGCCCCGAGAAGCGCAGGAUGGCCACGUUCGGCAGCGUGGGCAGCAUCAACUUCCCGGACAGGAAGGCCCUGGCUGACAGCCACCCGCUGAGAUCCACCUGUGGAUCCACCCGGCACAGCAGCCUGGGGGAUCAGAAAUCCCUGGAAGCAGAAGCUCUUGCUGAGGACAUCGAGAAGACCAUGAGCACGGCGCUGAACGAGCUGCGGGAGCUGGAGAGGCAGAACACGGCCAAGCAGGCGCCCGACGUGGUGCUGGACACGCUGGAGCCCCUGAAGAACCCGGCGCUGGGCGCGGCCAGCUCGGAGCCGGCCAGCCCGCUGCACACCAUCCUGAUCCGCGACCCCGAGGCGGCGCUGCGCCGCAGCAGCAGCUCCACCUGCGAGAUGAUGACCACCUUCAAGCCGGCGCUGUCGGCGCGGCUGGCGGGGGCGCAGCUGCGGCCGCCGCCCGUGCGGCCCCAGCGGCCCGCGGUGCAGCACCGCUCCAGCAGCAGCAGCAGCCCGGGCCCCAAACUUCCCGAGCUUCAGUCCUACGGCAGCAGGAGACGGCAGGUCUACGUGUUGGCACUGGAGAACACACUCAAUGUAGAAGUAUAUAUUAAAAACUAA